UCCAGUCCCUCGCUUACUCUCGAGCAGCUCGUGUGCGGUGCACUCCUCCCCCCCAAGUUAGAAUGGCGUUCUUCAAGGUGCUGAGCUGUAUGGCGGUCCUGGCCGUGGCCGCGGUGUACGCCGCCCCGGGCUACCUGGAGCAGCCCGUGUACGCCCACGCCGUGCACGCCGCGCCCCUGGCCGUGGCGCACCACGAGCCCCAGGACUACUACGCUCACCCGAAGUACGCCUUCAAGUACGGCGUGCACGACGCUCACACCGGGGACGUGAAGAGCGCCUCCGAACACCGCGACGGCGACGUGGUCAAGGGCGAGUACUCCCUGCUCCAGCCCGACGGCACCACCCGCACCGUGCACUACACCGCCGAUGACCACAACGGCUUCAACGCCGUCGUCACCAACUCUGGCCACGCCGUCCACGCCGAGGUGCACGCCGCCCCCGUGGUCCACGCCGCUCCCCUGGUCCACGCCGCCCCCGCCUACGAGCACGGCGUCUACAGCCAGUACAGCUCUCCCUACGCCCACUACCCGUCACCUCAACAUCACCCCCACCAUCAACUCCGUGCUGCGGCGACUUUGCAUCAUCACCAUCAUUCCAAAGUUCCUGGGCGGUCACCAUCAACCAUGCCCAUCACCAUUCGUUACGGGCUACGAGUAGCGUCAAUACAGUUUCGCCCAGUUUGUGAGAAAGUCGUAUCGUUGCUCCCAACCCGGACCGCCAUGGCCUACCUCAAGGUGACCCUCUUCUUCGCGCUGGUGGCGGUCGCCCUGGCGCACCCCGUGUACGAGGAGGAGCACGACCUCUACGCGCACCCCAAGUACUCGUACAAGUACGGCGUGCACGACUCACACACCGGCGACGUGAAGAGCGCCUCCGAGCACCGCGACGGCGACGUGGUCAAGGGCGAGUACUCGCUGGUGCAGCCCGACGGCGUCACCCGCACCGUGCACUACACGGCCGACGCCCACAACGGCUUCAACGCCGUCGUCACCAACUCCGGCCACGCCGUGCACCAGGAGGUCAGCCACGGCCACGCCCUGGGCCACGGCGGCUACGGCGGCCUGUACUGAGCGCCGCACCUCCUCCUGCCGGCCGCAGCUUGAUCUCACCAAAGCCCUAACUUCUAAUGACGAUUAUUGUUGUUAAUAGUAAUGAGUAUUCGAAUGGAAAACUAGUCAACGCUGUAAUGCAUUGUAAGACGGAACCUAUGCAAAUCAAAGAAUAAAGAGAGUAUAUACGACUAUGUA